AUGUCAGCAAAAUUUCAAAGCAAUGAAGUUUAGAACGACUCAGUGGAGAACAUUGAGAUAGUUCAGUAUUUGGAAGCUCAAAAUGUCUAAAAGUAUUUUGAUUACAAAAUUGAGAAGCCAAAAAAUAAUAGCUUCCAAACAAUAGAGCUGUUAAAAAAGAAACAAAAUAGUCUAAAUGAGCGCCUAACCAAAAUGUUUUCAUAGCAAUAGUAAGAAGACCAAAAUCUAAAAACACAAGGAAAUUAAAAUGAUAUAAGCAUUUCUUCAUAAAUAAUAAAUGAAGAUUAAAAUAAAGACUUUACUUAGAAGGAUUAGCUGUCAAAGUUAGAUAUUUCGCCCAAUUGUUAUCAUAUAGAGUAUAUUAAAAGCAACCAAAAUAAUAGCGAUCAAAGAUUUUCUCCUCUCAAACCAAGUAGUAAAAUCAAUGUUAUGAAUACAUAGAAAUCAUAAACAACAAGCAAGAAAGAGACAAUCUAAACCACAAAUUAUAAUUAUCAACAAUAGUCAGACUAGUAUAAGGAGAAUAACACUAACGUAGGUUAAUAAAGUGAAAGACUCAGCACGAAAAUUAACUACACCACAUAUAAAGAUUAAAAGGCAAAAAACAUUUUUAACAGCAGAUAUGGUAACUAGCACUAAAUUUUGACUAUUAUUCUUGAGGUACCUACUGGCGUAGACAAGCUGGUUAUUGAAAAUGAAGAUGAGGUAUCAGAAAAAGCAAAAAAUUUCUGCAUCAAGCAUAAUUACAGCUUAGAUUGUGUACCUUAAUUGAUAGUGUAAAUCAACCAGCAAAUAGAGAGGUUGUUAUAAGAAAAUAGUAGCUAAUAAGAAACGUAAUUAAACAAUAAGAGAGAUUCUCAAUAUAUAUAAAAUAGCAGCUAUAAAAUGGAUUAACUCCCUUCAUUCUAAGAUAGUAUUUUUGAGAGGUCAACUCAAAAUUAAGUAAAUAAAUAACCAAGAGAUUUCAAUUAAAAUAUUUACAACCAAAGGUACGAGCUAAAUUCAUGUAAGAAGAAUCUAUUUCUAUAGGAAAAUUAAUAAAUGAAAAAAGUAGAAAAACAAGCUAAUGAAAUUAGAAAUAUUCAACAAGACCUAAAAGAAGAAUAAAAAAAACCUUUCUACAAUAUCUAUGACUCGCAUGAAGAAGCUUUAAGUGAGCUUUAUAAUAGAAAGCAAUAAGAAAUGAAAAGCCUUUUUAAAAUUGAAAAGAGCAACAAAAAUAAUCUUUAAGAACUUGGAUCAAACCAGAGCUUCAAUUUAAGUGAAAGCUAAGUGAACAAUUAAUCUCAAAGUUCUAAAAAAACUACUAAAAAAUGGAAAAGAGACAUAAGUCCUAACCAAGUUUAAAAUUUUUAAUAGCACACUGAUAAACAAAAUGAAAAUUAAGUAGAAUAUAGAAGUACCUCUCCUCUUUUGGAUAAAAACUGUGCUUAUCCUUGCAAAAAUGAAAACAUUGAGGAAGGAAGCCCAAUAAAAGCUCAUGGGAAUUUACUUAAAAAGGAGAAUUCUUAAUAAAAUUUAAUGAAAAAUCUUAGAGAUUAAGUAAAACUUCAAAAGGCUGAGAGCUCUGCUAACUUAAAUAAAUAACAAGAAUCGAAAAUACAAGAUUUAAUUGACACUAAUAAUCUUCAAAAUAUGAGAAAAAAUGAGCUUUAAAAUACCUAAAAAGAAACAAACCAAAAAAGUGACUUGAUUAAUAGUCCUAUUAUUAAAUAAAUGAAUAGCUAAAUUUAUGAUUCAAAUAUGAAAUUUCAUAAAUCAAACAGUUUGGCUCAUCAAAUCUCUUAAAAUUCUAGUUAUAAUGACUAAUUUUAUCAUAAUUAAAACAGUAAUAGUAAGGGUGCUUCUGCUGCUGCUGUACAUGUUAUUAACAGUUAAGGUAUAAAGAAAAGCAAUUCAGCUUUAUUUAUUAAUAAAGGCCAUAUUUAGCCUAUAGAAGAAAUAUUACCAAAGCAAGUAAAACCUACUGAAGAAACUAAAAAAAAGAGAUCUAUAUCACCAUUUAGCAAUUCAAAUCUCCAAUAAAUAAGUAAUAAGAAUUACUAUAAAAACACAGUCUCCUAGCAAAACAAAAUCAAUGAUAAAUCUAAAGAAUUGCAAAGUAGAAGCAGAUCUCCCAUUUAAACAACAAAGCAAAACAGAAGUAUUAGCAAUACAAGGAAAAAAUCAGCAGAAAAUAAUAAUGCAAAUAUUUCAAAACCUAAAGUAAUUGCAUGCAAUUCUAGUAAUUUAAUCAGCUAAAGUAAAGAGAAACCAGCUAACGAAGAUGAAAAACAAAAAAAUAAAGAAGCUAAGUCAGUUACACCAGGCAAAAGUAUGACCAAGACCCUUUCGUAGAAUAAAAUUUCUCGUUCCAAAACACCAACAAAAGAUUAAAAUUAAAAAAUAAUAAUCUAAAAUAAAUAGCAUGCUGCAGGCACUAAUCUCCACAAUGAAGAAAAUGAAAACAACUUUUAACCUUAAAUCAGUGAAUAAUCAAAAAAAAUAGCAGAAGCGAGCAGACAAAAAGGUAUAGGUAUACAUGAAAGACUAUAUAACUAAGCUAAGAAAGAACUAAAAAAGAAAGAACAAUGGGAUAUGCAGUUAAAAAAGAUUUUGAACAAAAACUAAACUCCAAAUUCUAAGAAAGAAGGAGCAAGUAAUUAGUUAGCUUAUUUCCAGCUGAAAAGUAUUCACAAUAACUCAAAAGCAGCAGUAGCUUCCAAGACUAAAGAAUAUGUUAUAUAUCAAAAUAACAUCAGUCCUUUCAAGCCUAAAGAGCCUGAAUUAAUCAAAGGAAAAAAGAGAGAUAUUUCUUCUGAAAGAGAAGAAAGUAAACCUUCAUAGCUAAAGUACAACAAAUGCGGUUCAUAAGGGUUACUCUUUCAUACAAAAGAAUAAAUAAAAGACAAAUCUAUAAGAAACGAUAGUACAUUAUUAGAUGAUAAAUAAAAAUAAAAACUAUUAAAUUUUGAAAGCAAGGGAAAUGUUGAAGAAUGCUAAACGGAUGAUUAAAAAAUUAUUUAAUAACAACAAGAAUUGCUUAACUAUUAUUAAAAUAUGAGUGAUAAAUAUUUAAAAUCAAAUAAAACUGAGAAUUAAACUUUAAAUAAUGUUUGUCAAACUCUUGAAACAUAAAUUUAGUCUUAAUCUGAUUUAGAAAAUCCAGUUAAAUCGAUUUAAGAAGGACUCAUAUUCUAAAAAAAGACUUAAACAGAGCAUGAGAAAGAGCAUGCUAAAGUAUAACAGAGGUAUCAUACAUAUGAUAAUGAAGAUGAAUUAGAAAAAAUGUCUUAGCUUAGUAGAGAUUCUUAAAGAAGAGAUAGCUAGUUAAGUUAAGCUUAAAAUAGACUUGAAACUUAGUUAUUUUAGAAUCAGCUAAAAUAACUUUAACUUUAAGAAGAAAUGAAAAAUCAGUUUAAAUCUUAAAACUAAUCUAUUGAGAGUAUCUACCCAAAUUAAGAUUAAAACAAUAUUAUAAAUCCUAUUUAGCUGAAUUCAAAUUAAUCAUUUACUCAACUUAAAAAGCAAGAGUAAGGAGAUGAAAAACUUAAAAAAGUGUUAGAAUAUAUAUUCUUUGCUUUAGAUAGUGAUAGUGAUGGCUAAAUAAGCACAGAAAACAUUGAUUUAUCUAAAUUAAACACAACAAUUUUAAUGAUUAUUUAAGAUGUCUUAAUAGAUGUAGAAAAUCUAGGUGGAUUUGUUGAUUUAGAUUGUUUUUGCAGUCUCGUUAAAAGAAGAAAAGUAGAAUAACAGCUGUUGGAUUAUGUUUUCAGCGAUAAUAGUCUUUCUUAUUCACCUAACAACGAAGAAAAAUAAUUAUCAGGAAAUACUUCAAAAUAUUUUACAAAAUAAAGUAAUAAUAAUAACAACAACAACAAUAUAAACAGUGCAGAUAUUUAAUAGAAGUAAGAAUACUUUAAUGAAUAUGAAAAGUAAGCUGUAGAAUUUUUGAGCAAGAACAGUCAUGAAAACGAUACAGUACUAAGUGGGGCACUUUUAACAAAUGAGUCGAUCACUCCUGAUAUUUUCUUUGAAAAGAAAAAGGAAUACUUUGAUGUCUAAGAAUAUGAAAAAAAGCUGUUAGAAUUGCAAUAAAAGAGUAAUUUUUAUGAUUUAAAUUUUGAAAAUAGAGAAGAUCAACAUUAAAUAAGUUCUAGGUAUAAAAAUUUGAUAGAAAACGAAUAAAAAUACCAAAAAAACAGUUAGUCUCCUGCAUUCGGCAAUGAUAGCAUAUAUAAGAUAAAAAAUUGA